AUGGCCGUGAGACUAGCCCAUCAGAGUCCAUUGGACUUCCUGCUCUCUCCUUUUCCCGUCUAUGUUUCUGUCGUUGCUUGUGGUGUCUACCUCGUGGGACGUCUCCUGAUCAAUCUGGUUCAUGAUGAUCGCAAAGUCUUCGCUCCGGGGUCCAGUCUGGACCAGGCGGAGAAGGGCAGUUUAAAGAAACAGGAGGACAUGUCCGAUGACGAGAUUUUUCAACUGGAGAAAAGAGCAUUCUUCAGCAAGACGUGGCUCUUUGUUUGUCACCGGAGCAGAUUCGACAAGCCGGGCGACUACCACACCUACGACGUGGCCGGGAUCUCGUUCUUUGUCGUCCUGGGCAAGGACUCGAAGCUGCGAGCUUUCCACAACGUCUGUCGACACCGCGCAUACACCGUGGUCCGCAAGUCGUGCGGCACCUCGACGCGGUUUUCGUGCAAGUACCACGGCUGGCAGUACGACGACAAGGGCGCCCUGGUCAAGGCCCCCAAGUUCGACGAGUCGCCCGGAUUCGUGCCCGAAGACAACGGUCUGUUUGAGAUCAAAUUGAUCACGACACGGGAAGGGUUGGUGUUUGUCAACUUCGACGCCAGCACGCUGAAUCUUCCGUUCAACAAUGUCAAGUCUCACGUGGAUCUGGGGAGCUGCGCGUGGGUCGACGGCAAGGAAGUAACGUGCACCAUGAAUUGGAAGGACAUUGCAAACGAGUUCUCCAAUCAGGCCCAGUGGGCGCAGCAUCCGUUCAAAUGGCUUUCUGCACUCCGCAAGUCCAAAGUCGUCAGACUCUUGGGCCCAUUGAGCAUCAUCAAGGAACUCGACAACGACUUGUGGUGCACGAUGGUGCUUCUCCCACGGUCAAGCUCAGAGGUCGUGGUCCAAUGCGACUUUUACGUCAAGGAGGGUCGUACGGCUCCGGCCAAGGUCGUCGAAAAGUCGAAAUGGAUGCUGGAGCAAGAACUGGUCAACCUAUCCAGGCCCGAAGAUGCCAGGGGCUCGCCCCGCUCGUCAUAUUUUGCAUAUCAAUGCGGAGGUCGCACAAUUGAUUUAUUUGCCAUUCUUGCUCAGCAUCAACGGAGCGAGAGGAUGGCCAAGCGGAAACUGCAGCCGGCCAUUCGGGUGACGGGCACGGCCGAUAUCGAUACCGAAGCCGAAGCCUUGUGUGAGGCCCUGGACGGAGUGGCCGACUCGCCUACCUUGGAGAAGUGUUCUCGGGUUUCCAGCUUCCCUCAAACACUGGAGUGGUGA